GAAAAUUAGCAAUGUCCAAGCCACACUCCGCACUGUUUACAUUCUUCGAUUUUGCUGUAUGCUGGCACUCUAUAUAUAUCUAUAAUAGGGAGCGAAAACUUUAGCCGCUAAUUUGAGGGUGAUCUAAUUGGACCCACGCUGCGAAACAUAGCAGUAUGUUUCUGUAUCACGCCCUAUUACUAUUUUAGCCAAAGUUGCAAAAUUCGCGGUGUGCACCUUUAUUUAUUAAGAAUCUUAUACAAAAUCAAGGACUCGAUAGUGCUGUACGAGUGUCGAGUAAGCAUCAGAGUUUAUUAAUGAAUGUUAGUUACAAAUAAUAAUUAAGAUGAGACAGAAUAACAGUCAAUAGAGCUGGCAUACGCCGCGCCAUACGAUACAAUAAUAUGACGUGACAUGAUGUACGCAUUAUUUACAUGAAACAAAACACCGCGCAAAAUAUGAAAUGAUCUACAACCAAAUCACAUUCAAACCAACGGCGACUCGUAAUGGCAAGUUUACUUCUGGAAAAAAUGGAAACUGGGGAGGGGGAAUAAAUUUGCACGGGUGUGCUUGCCAGCACUGUGAUCAGUAACAUCUGGACACUCCUCCAUUAGACAAAGUAAAAUUACAACAAUUAAUACUCAUUAAGUACGGUAACAAUGAACUAACACUCACGACUAAUGAACACUCUAGGGUACGUGGCCACACAUACCGUCCUCUGCAUCUGACUCUGGGAGGGUGCAGAUUGUUAAAAUUACAACAUUUGUAAUAAUAUUCUGAUAUGAUAAUUAAUAAACUAGUAGUAUCCACCAUGAAAUAUCUUUGUACAGAACUAUUAUAUUAAGAUAUGUUAAUACUGCAAUUUAAAACAUCAAAUUUAAAAUUGUAUGUAUUUACGUCUUCAGUUUACAAAUCAGUUUACAAAUCAACAAGAUUUGAUGAAAUCAAUCUAACAAAUAUCAUAUUUUCAGGCUGUUCCGUUUCUGUGGGAGUUGGAAGUACUUCUAAAUUGGGUCUGUACAGAAACAACUCUAACUCUCGACUACUGGGUUAAACUCAGUGACAUCAAGGCUUACCUCUUCAAACUUAAAUGUUGGCAGGUUACGUAUGAAUCAGCGUACUACCUGGGAGAGAAGCAGCCCGCGUACAUGAAGUACGGUAUAGGUGGGCUCCUGGUCCUGCUCCUCAUCCUCAUCAUCUGGUUCCCACUCCUCUUCAUGAGUGUUAUUACCACCAACUCCAUCCCUAAUCCGCCCACUGGCUUCAGUUGUUCUCUAUCCGUGGGAGGCCUGGAGCCGAUGGUGAGCAUGAAGUUUACCCAAAUACCAAGCCUCUCUGAGGAUUCUCUAAACGACCUGAAAGCUGAUGUACGGAGAGGGGGAGGUAACGACACACUUAACAUGAAACUCAACAACUACACCGAGUUUGUGAACAGGUUUAAAGCUGCGGACAUUGCUCGGCUGGACGUGUAUUCUGAUAGUAUGACGCUGUGGGAGAUAUCACCCGCAGCGGUUAAUUUCCUGACGACGGUGCUAGACGAGACGAACGAAAAGCUAGGCUUCAACCUAACAAUGAGGUUUGAGUGGACGAUACUCCGGGAACCUGAGUCUACCACUGCUCAGAAGAUAGUGUCUGGGGUGUCGGAGAUAGCGGUACUGAACGAGGGUGAUGCCGAGCUGAAUUUUGGCAAUCCAUACGUUAACAGAAAGGCACUGUUAAACGUGGUUAAAAAUUGUAAUACAUCUACAAAACUCAACGUCAGCGGUCUCAUACCGACCUUCCUUUGGGCCAGAGAAUCGGAAGUGACUCACGUAGAUUGUAUCCAAACCCAGUCGGAAGUGUCGACCCUAGAAAUAACAAAAAUGUCGACCUCUCACUGCAGCAUUAUGCGGAUCCAGAUAAGGUGAUACAGGGCAGAAAUUGUCCGAUAUGGGACGGCUACUACUGGAGUAUUAACCAGAAUUCUAAAUUUGUACCCAACAAUACCUUUUAUAACUCGGUUCCUAUGGGUGAUAAUCCAAACAAAGUUCAAUUCUACAUCUUCUCUGAUAGGAUAGUUAGCAGUCAAUAUCAGCUGAUUGCUAGUUAUGGUAUUAUCGGCCUUUACAUAUCUGUAGUCCUUGUCAUCUUCAAAUUCGUCCGAUUAACGUUGGCUGACUCACAUACUCGGAUUAUCUUCCAAGAGAUGCCUUGUCCCGAUCUCAUUAUGAGUCUCGUGUCUAGUACUGAGAUGGUUCGCGCUCAGGGAGAGUUUGUACUGGAGCAAGUAUUAUACAGGAAGCUCCUCCUCCUUUACCGCUCCCCGGAGACCCUGAUAGUGUGGACCGGACGACACAGGCACCUCAAGGAGGAGUGACCACGUGACCAUGGUAACCACGUGACCAUGGUGACCAACCAGGUCACGUGGUUACUGUUUAUAUAUCCUCCUACUAUAACUGCCGUGUAGAGACUCCAGUCCUCUGGUUAGGACCUGUGGAAAGUUCAGAAUUUUUAUCAUGUCUUGUAAUGUUUAUUAAUGAUAAUUAAUUAAUGACGAUAGUUAAUUAUCUACUUAUUGUUAUUAUGGGUUCGAUGAGGGUGAUUACAGCAAAACACCGAUCAAAACCCUAAUUUACCGUAAUAUUUUCCUUACCCUAUACUGAUGGUAAAUUUGAGGUUUAAUGUAGUUACUCAGUUAUAUUCGUACGUCUUUAGAUUCUGUGCAGCAAUUAUUCUCAACUGUAGGUGUAAAAACUAAAAAAUGUCAACGGAAUUAUUUAAAAAACCAUUAAUUGUGUUCAGGACAGAAAUUUAAUAUUUGUUGAACUGAAAGACAAAUUUCAAUAAAGUUGUUCAAUCUUUCGAACAAUAAUUGUAUUUUACAGCUGCUUUUAUUAAUGAAUGUUAAUAAUCUCAUCAGGUAAGGCAAUUUCUGUUUCGACAAUUUGAUUUUUAUUCAUGGAUUUUUGAUCAAAGUUUUAGUAUUAAUAUUUGUUUUGAAAAUGUGUUGAUGACAGAUGAAUGAAGUUGAUUAACCAGAUUUUUGAUAACAAUUGAUACGACGAUCAUUCUUAAUUAAUACUGUGUAACAUGUUAAACAUAUUCUCAUCACAUUUCAUUACCAAAUCAAA